GUCCUUUCCUUACGUAUCACAGAAGGCGGGGGUUGGGUUAACUCACAAUUGUGCGCUCCACCUGCGCACCUUAACAGCAUGCGCUGCCCGAAACUCGAAAGCAAUGAGCUCCCAACUCAAAAACCAGGGAAAACCAGAAAACCUCCGUCUUCGCAUUCCCAUGACGUGACCCUCGACGAUCCACCGGAAAAACAAAAACCCAAACUCUAACCCUAACCCUAGCUUCGAAUUCCCGCAAAAAUGGCGAGAAAAGCUUCUCUGGCGAAGAAAUCCCUGGCCACGGUCUGCUUCGUUCUGGCCAUCUACGCCGUCAUCAACAUCUUCCACUUCCCCAGCGCCAGUGAUCCGAAUCUUGCCUUGGACUUCUCCGAUCGGACCUCCGUGACCUCUUCUUUUCGUAAGAAUCUCCAAUUUCACAACCCCGAAAGCUCCGUCAAGAUCUACCUCUACGAUCUCCCUCACCGCUUCACAUACGGAGUGAUCCGACACCACUCCUUAGCUCGCGGCGGUCGACCGCCGGAAGACGCGACGGCGCUGAGCUACCCCGGCCACCAGCACAUGGCCGAGUGGCACCUCUUCAAAGAUCUCACCCGACCCGAAUCCGACCGGCUUGGGUCGGCAAUUGUCCGAGUUUCCGAUCCCGACGAGGCCGAUUUGUUCUAUGUUCCGUUUUUCUCUUCGUUGAGCUUGAUAGUCAACCCGGUCCGGUCCGAACCGGGGGCUGAGCCGGUUUACAGCGACGAGGAGACGCAGGUGGCGUUGGCCGAGUGGCUGGAGGAGCAGGAGUACUGGAAGAGGAACACUGGGCGCGAUCAUGUGAUCGUGGCCUCGGACCCGAAUGCUCUGUACAAGGUGAUCGAUCGGGUUAAGAACAGUGUACUGCUUGUGUCGGAUUUCGGGAGGUUGAAGAAUGACCAGGGGUCGCUCGUUAAGGACGUGAUUCUGCCGUAUUCGCAUCGGGUUAAUGCGUAUAAUGGCGAUGUUGGGGUUGGGAAUCGCGGCACUCUGUUGUUCUUUAUGGGCGCUCGAUAUCGCAAGGAGGGUGGUAAGAUCCGUAACUUGCUAUUCCAAUUACUUGAAAAUGAAGAGGAUGUUGUAAUUAAACAUGGAGCUCAAUCCAGGGAGAGCCGGCGGGCUGCCUCACAUGGGAUGCAUACAUCUAAGUUCUGUUUAAAUCCUGCUGGUGAUACACCAUCUGCCUGCCGACUUUUUGAUUCCAUUGUUAGCUUGUGUGUGCCAGUAAUAAUCAGUGAUGACAUUGAGCUACCUUUCGAGGAUGUUAUAGAUUACAGGAAGAUUGCGAUAUUUAUUGAAACCACUGUGGCUUUGAAACCAGGAUAUUUGGUUUCAAUGUUGAGAGCAAUAUCUGAUGAAAGAAUCCUAGAGUAUCAAAAAGAGCUGAAAGAGGUGAAGCAUUAUUUUGAAUAUGGAAGCUCAACCGUGAAUGAGAUCUGGCGCCAGGUUGCGCAGAAGCUACCCCUGAUUAAAUUGAUGAUUAACCGUGACAAACGCCUUGUCAAAACGAACUUUACUGGACCAGAUUGCUCUUGUAUAUGUUCAAACCAGACCGGGAUUGUAACGAGUGUAUGACAGCACUAUUUCGCUAUGACUGGAUGGUGUGAUUCUCGUAGCUAUACUAGUCGUCUUUCAUCUGACUAGACUGCUCGAUGUAAAGCAGUUUUGGAGCAUAACAUCUGGAAAGUCUUCCAUGGUUGACCUCAGAGACUGAAUUGAAAGAUGGGACCAUUUUAGUGGUGCAUAAAAUCGGCCACUGAUUUCUUCCAAAGGUACAUGGAUUUUUUCCAAUUAAUUGCCCUUUUUCAGCCACCAUAGCUUGGCUACAAGUUUCAUAGGUUUUGCUGUACAAUUUAGAGUAGCUCCUUUUUUUAUUUGUAAUUGUAAGUUCUUUUAUACAUGUUAGGUAAUAAAAUCAUAGGUAUAUUUUAUUC